CAGUAGGAGUCCGGGACGGAAUCCACGGCCCUAGCGGCGCAGCCCCCGGGGCUUUCCUCUCCCGUCGGUGCCGGGCCGGGAGCCAGGGGGCGGGGGGUACCGGUUCCUGGCCACCGCCGGGGCUCCCCCGGGACCCCACCGGCCCGGCUCCCGGCCGCCCUCCCCGCCCGGGCCGCCCUACAUGGAGCUCCGACAGUCCCACACUGGCAGAUUUGAACCGAGGAGGCCGAGCGGCCUGGCGGGGGUUCGCAGCCGCCAUUGGCUGCGGCAGGGCCGUGACUUCAGCGCGGACGGCGCGGGAGGGAGGGCGCGGGAGGAGCCUGGAAGGGGAGUGUCCGGGAGGCUCGCCGCCCAGAAAGCCCGAGCGCCAGAGGGAAGCCGACGCCGGCGCUGACAUGGGCCUCUGGCUCCCGUGCCGGUCGGAGCCCACGGAGGGGACAUCGCAGCUUCGCCGGUGCGGCUCUCGAGUCUCUCAGGACCCAGCCCUAUGAUCUCCUCCUUGUUACCCCCUCCACCCGCCGGACUUCAGAUCUGACCCCUGACCCGCUGCCGCCCUCGGGAGGCCCGCCCCCCAGCAAGAUGCCUAUCCUCAAGCAGCUGGUGUCCAGCUCCGUGCACUCCAAACGCCGCUCCCGCGUGGACCUCACGGCCGAGAUGAUCAGCGCCCCGCUGGGCGACUUCCGGCACACCAUGCACGUGGGCCGGGCGGGGGACGCCUUUGGGGACACCUCCUUCCUCAACAGCAAGGCUGGCGAGCUGGACGGUGAGUCCCUGGAUGAACAGGCCUCCUCCUCGUCCUCCAAACGCAGCCUCCUGUCCCGGAAGUUCCGGGGCAGCAAGCGGUCGCAGUCGGUGACGAGGGGGGACCGGGAGCAGAGGGACAUGCUGGGCUCCCUGCGGGACUCGGCUCUGUUCGUCAAGAACGCCAUGUCCCUGCCCCAGCUGAACGAGAAGGAGGCAGCCGAGAAGGGCUCUGGCAAGCUGCCCAAGAGCCUGUCGUCCAGCCCCGUGAAGAAGGCCAGCGCCGGGGAGGGCGGCCAGGAGGCGGCGGCUGAAGGGGAGCUUGGGCCCCGGAGGAACGGGGCUGCCGCCCCCCACUCCCCGGACCCCCUCCUGGACGAGCAGGCCUUUGGGGACCUGACGGAGCUGCCCAUGGUGCCCAAGGCCGGCUUGGGGCUCAAGCACGCCGAGUCCAUCAUGUCCUUCCACAUUGACCUGGGGCCCUCCAUGCUGGGCGACGUCCUCAGCAUCAUGGACAAGGAGGAGUGGGAACCCGAGGAGGAGGAUGGCGGUUACCAUGACGACGGGGACACUGCACCCAGCGCCUUGCAGGCUCCCCUGGUGGCUGCCGCGGCCCCUCCACGGGCCAGGCAGGAGGGCGCUGUUGGCCCAGACCUGCCCCAGGACGAGGGGUGGGCGGCGGCCCCCAGCCCCGGCUCGGCCCGCAGCGAGGGCAGCCACACCACGCGGGACAGCAGCUCCCUGUCCAGCUGCACCUCGGGUGUCCUGGAUGAGCGCAGCCCGGCCUCCCGGGGCCCCGACAGGGCCCGGGCCCCGCCGACCCGGCAGCCCGACAAGGAGUUCUCCUUCAUGGACGAGGAGGAGGAUGAGGAGAUCCGAGUGUGAGGGGCUCCCGGCGCGGGGCUCCGUCUCCCCCUGCUCCCAGGCCACCACCCCCUUCCCUGUCCAGUCCCAUGCAGGGCAGCCAAGAGCCUGGCAUCGGCCACAGACACUGGACCUCCUGGACGAGAGGUGCUGGCGGGGGGCGUGGGGAGCUGGCGGGGGCUGCAUGGUGCACCCAGCCCUCCUGAGCGCUGCGGGACAGGUGGGUGCCCGCAGCAGGAACCCGCUGUCCUUUUCCUCCACCCCGGCCUCAGAAGGAUGCCAGAUGUCGGCCAAGUCCUGCCUCCUGCAGCGCAGCAGAUCAGCCUGGGGGCGGCCGGGGGCCACGGCUAAGGACUCUUGGCUCACCUUUCCUCUCCUGGCCUUUCUGUUGUGACUGUGUGGCAGGAGGAGGGGUGGUCACAGCCCCGGCCCCUCCGUCCCUCAUCCCCGGCUCCUGCACCACAAGCCUGGAGCCCCUUGGAGCUAAGCCGGACCAGAUGUGUGCACUAAACGCAGCCCCUUCCAGGGGAAGAGAACAGGAUGGGGAACGAAAGGAGGCCCCAGGCUUCUUGAAUUUUCUAGAAGGGGCUCUUCCAGGAUGACACUAGCAACAGGCUGGGCGCUUGCUCGGUCCCCAUUGAUUUGUUUGUUCUUGUCAAGUUUAAAUCCUUCCAGAGCGGUAUCUGGAACAGUGUGACUAGGUCUGCCGCCAGAAGGAAAAUCAGAUCCUUUUAGAAAACCUUUAUACUAAGUGCUUCCAAACUUUAUUUAGAACCUUAUGGGGUGGGUGUCUGUGCGUGUCUGUCCCUUCUCCCACCCCAUAGCUAUUAACAGUUGAAGGCAGCCAGUGUAGAAAAUUUCUGGAAAAGGAUUUUUAAAAAAAUAAUAUAUCAUUCCUAUGGAGGGAUUAAAGCUUUUUUGACUGGAUUACUCCCCCUAUACACACACACACACACACACACACUUCCUCUUCCUUGAGGCCUCCGUACCAGCAGAACCCCCUCCCCCACUUCUGAGGGCCCUGAGGGUAUAGAGUUGCUAGAUUUAGCAACAGACAAAACUAGAAUGCAGAGAUAAAUUAGAAUAUUCGGCAUACAAAGGAUAAUUUUUAGUGUGAGUAUGCCCCCGGGCCAUGUUUGGAACAUACUUAUGCUAAAAAAAAAAAAGAAGAAAAGAUUGGUUCUUCUGAAUUCAAAUUUCACUCUGGUCCUUAUAACCCUGCCCCAGGGGAUUGAGUGGGGGCUUGGGGGUGUGGCCCAGGGUUAAGGGAUGAUGACUUUCCUGCCCUGGGAACAAGCUACCCCACCUUCUCCUGUCCCCUUGUUGCCAGUGUGUGGAGGGGACAGACAGAGGCUGGCAGGGGCCGCUGCUCUAGUCUCCCGCGUUUUGUCAGAUCCUGAUCUGGACACUAACCUAGUUCCCGAUUCUGGUGCCCCGUCGGUGCUGUUUCCAGUAGCGUGGCUCCCACUAGGGGAGGAAUCACAUGGGGCUGUGCAGCCCCUGCCAGCAAAACCCAUCCAGACCCAGUGGUCAGUUCCAGAUUCUAAACUGUGUAUUUUUUUCAUGGUAUUGUUAAAACAGUGAGGAAACAUUAAAAAAAAAAAA